CAAUAUCACCCUCCAUAAAUUUCGUCUGGGUCCCAUGCUCUGAAGACGAGAUAUCGAAUACUCAAAAAAUCUUAGAUCUGCCACUGAGGAAACUACCAGACUACAAAAAUCUUGAAAGAAUUUGUAUUCUACUAGAGUUUUAAUCGAGACGCUGAGUUUUUAUCGAGAAACAUCAAAUUUUUAUGUUCCAGUUUUUUUAGUUUUUUGAAUAACCAAUAUGAAUUUCUGUAAUUCAUAGUUACUUGUCAACCAAUUCAGCCAAUUGUCUUACAUUUACCACAGUUGAAACGUCUCGAAGUGAGAGAACCAUGUGACAUAUUUCAUCUAGUUCAAGCCGCUCCUAAUCUCAGACGUUUAAAAAUCGAUUUCAGUUGCUUAAAUAUUAUACUCAACUAUGUAUCUACAUGUGAAUUAUUGCAGAAACGAAUUGUAUAUCUUGAAAUUAUCAAUUUUCAUGACGGUGAUUUGAUACAAUUAGACACCAUUGCACAAAAGUUGAAUAAUCUUCGUGAUCUUAGCCUAUGGUUGGAGGAUCCACAAGCUAUCAUCGAUUCACUUAUUCUACAAGUGCUUUUAUUAUGGAAAGAUAAUAAUAUUCGUUGCCUUUGUAUCAGAGGUUUGUUGACAGAUGAGGUCAGUAAAAAUCUUCGACAAUGGCUUAUCAAUCAUAGUCAUUUACAUCAAGAAAAUUCAUUCUUUGUUGAACACGAGAAAAAUUGGAUUGUUAUUUGGCUUCAAUGA